AUGGCCCCCGACAUAUCCCAGCUGGGAGCAAAUGGUACCACGGAUACCAAUGGCCACAAUGACGGCUACGUCAUUCCAAACAUCACUUUCCGGUCUCCCGAGAACAGAAGAAUGAAAGUCCUGACAAUUGGUGCUGGAGUAUCUGGGAUUAUGAUGGCUUACAAGAUCCAAAAGCAAUGCCAGAACGUGGAACAUGUCAUAUAUGAGAAGAACGAAGACGUUGGAGGAACAUGGCUGGAGAACAGGUACCCUAAUGCAGCUUGCGAUGUUCCCUCACAUGCCUGCACUUUCAACUUUGCUCUUAAUCCAGAUUGGCCUCUCUAUGCGAGUCGAUCUCCUGACAUAUGGAAGUACUUGGACAAAGUCUGUGAGGUGUUCGAUCUUCGAAAGUACAUGACUUUCAAUACAGCAGUUGUGGGAUGCUACUGGAAUAAGGAAGAAGGCCAAUGGACCGUCAGGCUUUGCCAGACCAAGGCUGGCUCGGCGCCUAAAGAGUUUGAGGAAAAGUGCGAUCUACUUCUUCAUGCAACUGGCAUUUUGAACAACUUCAAAUGGCCGGAUAUCGAGGGGUUGGACAAAUUCAAAGGCAGAGUUGUCCACACUGCUGCCUGGCCAAAGGACUACCAAGAAGAGCAAUGGAAGAACGAUUCAGUCGCGAUCAUUGGCUCGGGAGCCUCAUCGAUCCAAACCCUACCAGGCAUGCAGCCUUUUGUGAAGCACAUUGAUGUGUACGUUCGAACAGCGAUCUGGUUCAUAUCUAUCGCAGGUAAUGACGGUAUUGCCACGCCAUAUGCAGAAGAGCAGCGCAAAGAAUUUCGAACAAAUACAAAGGCAUUGGUGGAGCAUGCCAGAUACUUGGAAGGGCAACUUAAUGGUCUCUGGGAUUUGUUCUUCACCAAUUCAGAAGGACAGAAAGCGGCGCAGCAAAUGUUUGCUGCAAGAAUGGCCGAGCAUAUCAAGGAUGAAAGGCUGUUGAAGGGGUUCACACCCAAAUUUGACAUUGGCUGUCGAAGAAUCACUCCAGGUGAUCCAUACUUGAAGGCUAUCCAAGAGCCAAAUGUCGAUGUACACUUUGCUGCAGUGAACAAGAUUACUGAAGAUUCAGUGAUCGACACUGACGGAAACGCGAAAAAGGUCGACACGCAACCGGCUUCGAUUUGGCCAGUUGAGAACGGAUCAGUGAUGGGGCCUUUGAACUAUGUUGGCGACUAUGCAAUUAAGUUCAUCAAAAAGAUGCAAGGCGAGGCGAUUCGGUCGAUUGCCCCGAAACAAGAUAUCACUGAUGCCUUCAACGCACAUACCCAGAGUUCAUCAAGCACACGGUCUGGUCAAGUGACUGUAGAGCUUGGUUCCGAAACAACGAAACCGGAAAAGUCAAUGCAGUGUUCCCAGGCAGCUCGCUUCACUACUGUCAGGUUAUCCAAGAGCCCAGAUACGAAGAUUACAAUAUCACAUACCAGAACAGGCACAAUCCGUAGAUGGGCAUACCUUGGCUUUGGCUUCACCUACGAAGACAUGAACAAGACCAAGGAGGGUGUCGAUCUCACUCCAUACCUCAGUGAGGAAGCCAUCGACCCUAAGUGGAUGGAAGAAGUAAUCAAGACCGGGGCGCUCGUCGCAGAUCGAGAAGUCCAAAUGCCUCAGCCGGCCAACCAGUAG